GGCUUGGGAGGGGAAGGGGAGGGGCCAGUAAAUCGAAGAAUCCAAGAAGAACGUGAGGAAGCAGCAGCAAAGUCACCGUUUCGUUUUCGGGGAGAGGAAGAGGCAUAACGUCAUGCUGCCUCGUGAUCGUCGGCCUCAGGUUGCGGUUUGUGGGAUUUGUUCAAGAAGCAGCGUUUGUUUGUGCCUUUGCAUCCAUGUCUCUUCUACCUCUCCUUUUUUUUUUACCCCCAUCUCCUCAGUCUUUUCUCGACCUCCGACCUAGUCUAGGGCAUCCUGGCCUGCUCUCUACUCCAAUCCACGAGAUCGAUGCCCUGAUUCUCCUGAAUCCUGGCCCGCCUGAUAAAUGCUGUGAACCCUUCACUGCACUCUGCAAGUCAAGCGCAUCGUCCACUUGUCCAUCGUCCUUUGGUCGCCUGCGGCCAGCAACAUCUUUGGUCCACGAAGCACCAAGCAACACAGCACCUCGCCUUGCGUUUCAAAACUCUGCUUCAGGCACCGCCCAAACAUUCCCCAUCGGAGGCUUAUCUACGCUCCAUUGACCACGCCGCACGACUAGUCGCCCCCCCACCGAUCCCUCUCCCAUUCGCCACUGUGCAUCGAACUAAACCAUUCACGUUGUGGCCACUGCUCCCAAUUGUUCGAUCUUUUCGCCUUA